AUGGUGAGACACCAGCCCCUGCAGUACUAUGAGCCGCAGCUCUGCCUCUCCUGCCUCACGGGCAUCUAUGGCUGCCGCUGGAAGCGCUACCAGCGUUCUCAUGAUGACACCACUCCGUGGGAGCGCCUCUGGUUCCUGCUGCUGACCUUCACCUUCGGCCUCACGCUCACCUGGCUCUACUUCUGGUGGGAAGUCCACAAUGACUACGAUGAAUUCAACUGGUACCUCUACAACCGCAUGGGCUACUGGAGUGACUGGUCCGUGCCCAUCCUCAUGACCACAGCAGCUGCCUUCACUUACAUCGCUGGCCUCCAGGUCCUGGCACUAUGUCACAUCGCCGUGGGGCAACAGAUGAACCUGCACUGGCUGCACAAGAUCGGGCUGGUGGCCAUCCUGGUGGCCACUGUGGUGGCCAUGUCGGCUGUGGCCCAGCUGUGGGAGGACGAGUGGGAGGUGCUCCUCAUCUCCCUGCAGGGCACAGCGCCGUUCCUGCAUGUGGGGGCCCUGGUGGCUGUCACAGCACUCUCCUGGAUCGUGGCAGGACAGUUUGCCCGUGCAGAGCGAUCCUCCUCCCAGAUAGCCAUUCUCGGAACCUUCUUCACCGUGGUGUUUGCCCUCUACCUGGCCCCUCUCACCAUCUCCUCUCCCUGCAUCAUGGAGAAAAAGGACCUCGGCCCCAAACCUGCCCUCAUUGGCCACCGCGGGGCCCCCAUGCUGGCCCCAGAGCACACGCUGAUGUCCUUCAGGAAGGCCCUAGAGCAGAAGCUGUAUGGACUCCAGGCUGAUGUCACCAUCAGCCUGGACGGGGUGCCUUUCCUCAUGCACGACGCCACCCUUCGGCGCACCACCAACGUGGAGGAGGAGUUCCCGGAGCUCGCCCGCAGGCCUGCCUCCAUGCUCAACUGGACCAUCCUGCAGAGGCUCAACGCCGGCCAGUGGUUCCUGAAGACGGACCCGUUCUGGACAGCCAGCUCCCUGUCACCCUCCGACCACAGGGAGGCCCAAAACCAGUCCAUCUGCAGCCUAAUGGAGCUCUUGGAACUGGCCAAGGGCAAUGCCACGCUGCUGCUCAACCUGCGUGACCCGCCGCGGGAGCACCCCUACCGCACCAGCUUCCUCAACAUCACCCUGGAGGCCCUUCUGCGCUCAGGCUUCCCCCAGCACCAGGUCCUGUGGCUGCCCAACAGGCAGAGGCCCUUUGUGCGGAAGGUGGCUCCCGGCUUCCAGCAGACAUCAGGCUCCAAGGAGGCGGCCGCCAGCCUGAGGAGAAGCCACAUCCAGCGGCUGAACCUGCGCUACACCCAGGUGUCCCGCCAGGAGCUCAGGGACUAUGCGUCCUGGAACCUGAGUGUGAACCUCUACACGGUCAAUGCCCCGUGGCUCUUCUCCCUGCUGUGGUGCGCGGGGGUCCCGUCCGUCACCUCCGACAACUCCCACACCUUGUCCCAGGUGCCUUCCCCACUCUGGAUCAUGCCCCCGGACGAGUACUGUCUCAUGUGGGUCACCGCCGACCUGAUCUCCUUCACCCUCAUCGUUGGCAUCUUCGUACUCCAGAACUAUCACUUGAUCAGGUGGCGCCUGGGUGGCAUCCGGAGCUACAACCCCGAGCAGAUCAUGCUGAGUGCUGCAGUGCGCCGGACCAGCCGGGACGUCAGCAUCAUGAAGGAGAAGCUCAUCUUCUCAGAGAUCAGUGAUGGCAUGGAGGUCUCCGAUGAGCUCUCCGUAUGUUCGGACAACAGUUAUGACACAUAUGCCAACAGCGCCACGGCCCCGGUGGCCCCUCGAGGGAGCGGCAGCCGUGCCAAGACCCUCACAGACCGGAGUGGGCGUUAG